AUGAUGGAGAAAGUAGUCGAUACUGCCAGCUCAAUGCCCACUUCGCUUCAAAUCGCUCUCUGGAAUGGAAACUUGGAACAGAUUCAAAAGUGUUUGAAGGAAGGCGGUCAGGAAUCGCUCGAAACGCGAGAUGCUCGUGGCAAUCGAGCUCUGCAUCUAGCGUUAAAACUGGCCCAUCGUAACGCGACAGCAAUCGUAAAGACUUUGUUGGAUGCUGGUGCACGUGUACGCUCUCGUGAUGUAGAGGGUUGGAAGGCUGUUCACCAUGCAGUGGUGAAAGAGAACGAAGAGAUUCUACGACUUCUCGUUCGCCGAGAGAAAGAGCAAGCACCUGCGCUGUUGCAGAAGAAAAUUGACGCCAUUUUCCCACGCCUUGCUGAAGUCCCGGACUUUUACUGUGAGAUGCUUGUGGAUGUCUCCACGUGGAUCCCUGGUGUCUCUCGCUGGCUGCCAUCGGAUACGGUCAAGAUUUGGAAGGCAGCUCAGAACAUUCGCUUUGAUAUCACUUUGCUGGGAUUUGAGUACGGCAAAUGGGACCGAGGAGACUUGUCGUUUCUACUCCUGGGUUCUGAAGGGAAGUUUCUCUGUUUGGACAACAAGUCAAAAACGUGUACCAAUCUGCUUAAGCUUGACACGGAGCUUACGGAGACGGAUGUGGGUCAGACGGUGCAUUUCUUGAUGACCACGUCCAUUGUGACGACUGACUUUGACGCAUCCAAGGUUGCGUUCAAGAAAAAAAACUCGUGGUUUUCCUCCGCCCCAAUGCUGCAAGAUAUUGGUUGCUGGAGAGACACACGCGUUGUUGACAUGACCGGUGUUGAGGCCUCACUUCGCUACCGUAAGCCUCACAACCCAGCGCAUCCGCUUCCCAAGACUGUAGACAAACAAACCACUGUGUGUGACGCAGUUUCAUUGCUGACUGAAGCAGAGUCCAUUGCCAAUCAGUACACGGAAGUUAUAGUGGACCCAAAGUCAUGCCAUAUUGUUUCGAUAGAGCUGGCAAAGGACGAAGAGCUGACGUGGAAGUUCAUGACGGAAAAGCGCGAUAUUGACUUUGGCGUUCGUUUUGUCGAAGAAAAGAACGGUGAGAAAUGGGACGACGUUCUUCCUCUGCAUCGCACCAAAGCUCAUAUAAGCGAGCAGACCGGUUCCUUCCACGCUUCCAGUCCUGGUACAGUUGUGUGUACUUGGGACAACACGUACUCAGUCGUUCGAUCGAAACGACUGCGCUUUGCUAUCAUACCAUCAAGAGCAAAAGACAAUGGAUCCACCGAAAGCGACGAGUGGCAUGCAACAACAAGGGCAAAAGAGGAGGAAGUAUCGUUUAACGAUUGGUUUGGUGUAUCUAUUGAGAGUCUGCCAGCGUCGCUACGUGAUCUAAGACCUCGUCGCUGCGUCAUGGUGCACACUCAGCCGUCAUGCCACAAGAUUACAAAGUCGUUUCCUGCUUUGGUUUACAUGAGCGAUCAGUUUCCUCUAAGUGUGUCGGAGUUUCUUCCUGUGAUCGAAGUGCUUUCAAAAACGACAAGUGUCUUCAAAAGUGUUCAGGAAUUCUUCUCAGCGGCGCUUACCGAUGGAUUUCCAGUUCAAUUUUGCUUUCCCCUUGUGCCGUCGGUAUCGGCAACAUUCCGCUUUGACUGCAUGGAGCUACAAACUCCAGACUUGCAUAAGUUUACAGUCCCCAGUUCCUACACCAUGCGUGGCGAAGAUGCAUUCUCUCCACGCACGCACCAAGUCGUGCUGCAGCGUAUGACAGUUACCUAA